AUGCAAGACAUCUCACUCCUCCCUCGAGCAAUAAUAUUCCGAGGUAGGAAAUAGCACCCGCGAUCAAAGCCCCAACGCCCGCCCACAAUGAAGUUCCUUCCAAUUAGCUUUCUCAUUUUGGCUUUGGCGACUGCCACUGCCUUUGCUUAUGACCCCAGUCCUCUUCAGGACAUAUGCGUGGCCACCAAGGACCCAAAUUCUGCAGUGUUUGUGAACGGACAAUUCUGCAUGGACCCGAUGCAAGCCACUGCAGAUGACUUCGUGUUUAUGGGGUUCAGAAACCCGGGGAAUACUGCAAACCCACUCGGAUCAAAAGUCACACCUGCUACUGUCAUGGAGUUUCCGGGGCUCAAUACUUUGGGCAUAUCCAUGGCUCGCCUCGACUUCGCUCCUGGCGGUCUAAACCCUCCCCACACUCACCCUCGUGGCACUGAGCUUCUGGUUGUCGUUGAGGGCACGCUCCUUGUCGGCUUCGUCACAUCCAACCAAUUGAACAACACAUUCUUCAGCAAAGUCUUGUACCCAGGCGAUGUGUUUGUUUUCCCGAUUGGACUCAUUCACUUCCAGUUGAACACCGGAAAGACCCCCGCACUGGCCUUUUCUGCUUUGAGCAGCCAAAACCCAGGAGUCAUUACCAUAGCUAACUCCGUCUUCGGAGCGAAGCCACCGAUUUCUGCCGACGUUCUCACCAAGGCCUUCCAAGUAGACAAGAAAGUGGUUGACUACCUCCAGGCACAGUUUUGGUAUGACAACAACUAGAUGGAACAGAUGACCAGGGAAAGGCCGACAGGGCACUUGAGCCAUAUGACUUAUCAGAUCAUUGCUACUUUCCAUGAGAGGGUGCCAAGAAUAAAUCAAUAAUUUAUCUCAAUUGUUAUAGGGGAUUUAUAUUUCUCGUGUAUGAAUCAUUGAGCAAUAAAGAUCAUUUACUAAGAA